GGGGGAGGGCCCGGGCCGCGCGCUCCCGGUCCCGUUGUUGUUGCCGCUGGAGGCUGCUCCGAGGUGGCGGGAUCGCGGCGCCGAGAAGCGCCCUGCAGCGGCGGCCACAGCGUGCGCGGCGGCGCCUCCCGGCCUCGGCCCCCGGCCCCCGGCCUCAUGCGCUAGCCCCGCGCCGCCGGCUCCGUAGUCCCGGCCCCGCCAGCCCCGCGCGCCCGCCCGCCACUGCCGCCGCCGCAGCGCCGCCCCGGGCCCCGGCCGGGCCCGCCUCGGGCCCCGCGGCUCCAGAGCCAUGAACUUCCAGGCGGGCGGGGGGCAGAGCCCGCAGCAGCAGCCGAGCCUGGCGGCGCCGGGGGGCGGCGGCGGUGGCGGCGGCGGCGCGGGGGGCGGCGGGCAGUUCGGCGGCGCGGGGCCGGGGGCCGGGGGCGGCGGCGGCCCCUCGCAGCAGCUGGCCGGCGGGCCCCCCCAGCAAUUCGCGCUCUCCAACUCGGCAGCCAUCCGGGCCGAGAUCCAACGCUUCGAAUCCGUGCAUCCCAAUAUCUACGCCAUCUACGACCUGAUCGAGCGCAUCGAGGACUUGGCGCUGCAGAACCAGAUCCGGGAGCACGUCAUCUCCAUCGAGGACUCCUUUGUGAACAGCCAGGAGUGGACCCUGAGCCGCUCGGUUCCGGAGCUUAAAGUGGGCAUUGUGGGGAACCUGUCUAGCGGGAAGUCGGCCCUGGUGCACCGCUAUCUGACAGGGACCUAUGUCCAGGAGGAGUCCCCUGAAGGGGGUCGGUUUAAGAAGGAGAUUGUGGUGGAUGGCCAAAGUUACCUGCUUCUGAUCCGAGAUGAAGGAGGCCCCCCUGAGCUCCAGUUUGCUGCCUGGGUGGACGCAGUGGUGUUCGUGUUCAGCCUGGAGGAUGAAAUCAGCUUCCAGACCGUGUACAACUACUUCUUGCGGCUCUGCAGCUUCCGUAAUGCCAGCGAGGUGCCCAUGGUGUUGGUGGGCACACAGGAUGCCAUCAGUGCCGCAAACCCACGGGUCAUCGACGACAGCAGGGCCCGCAAGCUCUCCACAGACUUGAAGCGCUGCACCUACUAUGAGACGUGCGCGACCUACGGGCUCAACGUGGAGCGCGUCUUCCAGGACGUGGCCCAGAAGGUCGUGGCCUUGCGCAAGAAGCAGCAGCUGGCCAUCGGGCCCUGCAAGUCACUGCCCAACUCCCCCAGCCACUCAGCAGUGUCCGCCGCCUCCAUCCCGGCCGUUCACAUCAACCAGGCCACGAAUGGCUGCAGCAGCGCCUUCAGCGACUACUCCUCCUCAGUCCCCUCCACCCCCAGCGUCAGCCAGCGGGAGCUGCGCAUCGAGACCGUGGCGGCCUCCUCCACCCCCACACCCGUCCGCAAGCAGUCCAAGCGGCGCUCCAACAUCUUCACGUCUCGAAAGGGUGCCGACUUGGACAGAGAGAAGAAGGCCGCCGAUUGCAAGGUGGACAGCAUCGGGAGCGGCCGGGCCAUCCCCAUCAAACAGGGCAUCCUGCUGAAGCGGAGCGGCAAGUCCCUGAACAAGGAGUGGAAGAAGAAGUAUGUGACGCUCUGUGACAACGGGCUGCUCACCUACCACCCCAGCCUGCACGAUUACAUGCAGAACAUCCACGGCAAGGAGAUUGACCUGCUGCGGACCACGGUAAAGGUGCCAGGAAAGCGCCUGCCCCGGGCCACCCCGGCCACAGCCCCAGGCACCAGCCCCCGGGCCAACGGACUGGCCCUGGAGCGGAGUAACACACAGCUGGGUGGGGGCGCAGGUGCCCCCUACUCGGCCAGCAACUCGGCCUGGGCUGGCCCGCGCCCCGAGGGGCUGCACCAGCGCUCCUGCUCUGUUUCCAGCGCCGACCAGUGGAGUGAUGCCCUGCCCCCAGCCAGUGGCCCAGCUGAGGUGCUCAGUUCCAGCCCCAAGCUGGAGCCUCCCCCAUCUCCCCACUCCAACCGGAAGAAGCACCGGCGGAAAAAGAGCACCGGGACCCCCCGACCAGACGGCCCCAGCAGUGCUGCUGAAGAGGCAGAGGAGUCGUUUGAGUUUGUGGUGGUGUCCCUCACUGGGCAGACGUGGCACUUCGAGGCCUCAACGGCAGAGGAGCGGGAACUGUGGGUCCAGAGCGUGCAGGCCCAGAUCCUCGCCAGCCUGCAGGGCUGCCGCAGCACCAAGGACAAGACUCGACUGGGGAACCAGAACGCGGCUCUGGCCGUGCAGGCCGUCCGCACCGUCCGCGGCAACAGCUUCUGCAUCGACUGCGACGCCCCCAAUCCAGACUGGGCCAGCUUGAACCUGGGUGCCCUGAUGUGCAUCGAGUGCUCAGGCACCCACCGACACCUGGGGGCUCACCUGUCCCGGGUCCGCUCCCUGGACCUCGAUGACUGGCCGCCUGAGCUGCUGGCUGUCAUGACCGCGAUGGGCAAUGCCCUGGCCAACAGCGUCUGGGAGGGGGCCCUGGAUGGCUAUGCCAAGCCGGGGCCUGACGCCUGCAGAGAGGAGAAGGAGCGCUGGAUCCGGGCCAAGUAUGAACAGAAGCUCUUCCUGGCCCCGCUGCCGAGCUCGGACGUGCCGCUGGGCCAGCAGCUGCUCCGGGCCGUGGUGGAGGACGACCUGCGGCUGCUGGUGAUGCUUCUGGCACAUGGGUCCAAGGAGGAGGUGAACGAGACCUACGGGGAUGGGGACGGGCGGACGGCUCUCCAUCUCUCCAGCGCCAUGGCCAAUGUCGUCUUCACACAACUGCUCAUCUGGUAUGGGGUGGAUGUGCGGAGCCGGGACGCCCGGGGCCUGACUCCCCUGGCCUAUGCUCGUCGGGCCGGCAGCCAGGAGUGCGCAGACAUCCUGAUCCAGCACGGCUGCCCCGGGGAGGGCUGUGGCUUCGCACCGACCCCCAGCAGAGAGCCUGCCAAUGGCCCCAGUGCCUCUGCUGAGCUGCACCGAAGCCCUAGCCUUCUGUAAGGCCCGCGGAGGGGGCAGAGGGGCCAGAAGGACGCUGUGGCCGGGGGCCCCGCCUCCCUGCAGGCACUGGGGGGAGCCAAGACACAGAGACUGAGAAGCAGGGACGUGCAGAAAGGAAGGAGAAGAAAUGAAGAAGAGUCGAACAAGAGAAGAGCUAAAUGGGAGAGACAGAGGGACCGGAGGAGACAUCUGGGAUUUGAGCUGCAGCAGAGAGGGAGUGGAGCUAUUCUAGCCCUCUGCCCUAUGGUGCCACUGAAAAGGGACAGGACCCUUUGGAGGUACCUGUGAGGAGAGGGGAGCAGGACCUCUCCCUCCUCCAGAUUCCUACCUUCUACUGCCAGCCCCCUGCAAGCCUUCAUCCUAAAAUGGAGCCGGGACGGACAGGGCACAGGUUGGGGGGGGUGCUGGAGGAAAGAGACGAGGAGGUGAUCUGUGAGUCCCAUGUAAAUUUGUACAUUGGAAUAUUUAUGUUUGUGUACAUAUCUGGUGUGUGUGUAUGAUGAGCCAGUAAACCAGACUGUGUGUGG